AUGAUAGCGGUUCUGAAAGCCCAGCUCCAGCCUGCCUUGAGCAAGGUGCUCCACAUGGUGAGCUCUUUGGGCGCUGGGCACGUGGCCUUCACCGCGUUCGUCUCCCUGUACGUAUGGUUCCUCCCAGCGGCGACGACCCACCUGCUCUUGGCCGUCCUUGGCGCUGCCUCCUACGGCGCCCUGCUGAUGGUCCAGGAGCUCGGCUUCUGCGAGCACCCGGGCAAGCAGGGCGCGGGGGAGCUGCCCGCCGACCAGGGGGCGCAGCCGGGGGCGCGGCCAGCAGUGGCCCGCGGCCCCCGCGCGCGGCGCGCCGUGGCCGAACCACAGCGGAAGGACCCCAGCUCCGGGCGAGCUUGGGCGGGCAGCGAGGACUGCGGCUCCACGCCGCCACGGGCGGCCGACCAGGAGCUCGCCAGCUCCAGGACACGUCCGUGGAAGAAGAAGAAGGAGAAGUCGCCCGCGCCCAGCGAGACCGCCGCGCCGGGCAGCGGCGCCGCCCCGAGGCCGGAGGGCAAGGCGCAGCUGUGCGCUGGGCUGGCUGCGGCGCGCCGGGCGAUCGACAAGGGGGUGCCGCCGGCCGGGCCGCCAGCCUGCAGGGAUGAUGCCGUGGCGCCGCCGACCGCGGAGCCAGCUUGCCAGGCAGGGGCCAAGGAGCAGCUGCCCUCGGCGUCCGCUCCAGCGGCGGCCACUGCCGAGCUCGCCGCGCUGUCGCCGCUCGUCCCCGACGGCUUCGAGGAGGCCGCCGUAACCAAGGCCGCCAAGCGGAGGAGGGCCGCUCAGAAGAAGCUGAAUGAGGCCUCCGAGGGCCCCCACGCGAAGCCAUAG